AUGGCUCUUUGCAUCUCGAAGUUCGUCAUAUUCUCUCUCCUCUUUACCUCCACCAUUCUUGACUCCGCAAGCUCUCGCACCUUCGCGCGAAGCCUCUUCCCGCAAGAGCUCGGGCUCAACAAGGAGAAGCUGAGCCACCUCCACUUCUACUUGCACGACGUUGUGAGCGGGCGAAACCCAACUGCCGUGCUUGUCGCCGAGGCCAAGACGACCAACACUUCGGCCACUGGAUUUGGCGCCAUUGUCGUGAUCGACGACCCGUUGACCGAAGGCCCCGAAGCAAGCUCCAAGAUCGUCGGCCGAGCUCAGGGACUCUAUUCGUCUGCAUCACUAAACGAAGCCGGCCUGCUGAUGGUGCAGAACUACGUCUUCACCGAAGGGAAGUACAAUGGGAGUACGCUCAGCGUCCUUGGCCGGAACGCGGUGUUCUCCAGCAUGAGGGAGAUGCCAAUAGUUGGCGGGAGCAGGCUUUUCGGGUUCGCACGCGGUUAUGCUCAGGCGAGGACGCAUACAGUCAACCCCCAUACUGGGGAUGCCGUGGUGGAGUACAACGUUUACGUCUUCCAUUAUUGA